CAACGGUAAACUUUGUAUCAUCAACACGUCGGUUCGGUACAUGGCGUGUCCGGCUUCACCAUCACCACUUCCACAAAAUACUGCGAAUUAUUUUAAGGCAGUGAAGUUUGCCUUUAGACCAAACAAUCCAGCGGCAUUUUCUCUGCCAAAUCCGGUUUUUAGAAGCAACGUUCGGACAUCGAUAACGUGCAACAACAGCAGAUAAAAUGCCGCUUUGGAGUAAAGGAAAAAGUGUCUUGAUGACGCCGGACCCGUACCACACACCAGGGUACUGCGGGUUCUGUCCCCAGUUCAAGUUCCAGAUAGGGGAGACGUUUGGCCGGACCACUUCCCGCCUGUUGACCAACCCUAAAGUGGCCUGCUCGGGCCAGCCGGUCUUGGCUGAUAUCGGCCCCGUCAAGGGGCCCGAUUCGCAGGGUACUGGGGAGACGAAAAGACUCGCUGGCAGGGCUGAUGUGUUGAGGAGUCGGCGAGCGAGCUUUGGCGACCAGAAACUAGGGGAGACCAUGGUCCCAGGCUAUACAGGCUACAUACCCAAAGGCGAGCACUAUUUCGGCGAUCGUUACGCCGAGAAUUGCCGCAACGCCAUCGCGGAGUUCGAGCAGGAUCAGCGGAGUCACCAGGCCAAAACCACCGCUAUGCAACGGGUCAGACACAUCCAGGCAGGCCGCAUCCAACCAACAGACAAUGAGAAAAAGGAACUGCGCUGCCGUGGUCCCCUGAAGCCAAUCAAGAAAGACAUAACUCCCGUGGUAUACGGCAAACCAAACGAGCAGCAGCACUCUACAUCACCGUACUACAUGGCUCAGCACGACCCGCAGAAAUUCUUCAUGUCAGGUUACACUGGCUUUAUCCCCAAGGCACGUGGGCUGAUUGGAAUGAGUUAUCCAAUUAUCACGAACCACGCCCUCAACGAGUUCACAAGCGAUCCACGCCAUGCAAUGAGCCGUCUGCAGGGGGCUUUGGAUAAAGGUGAAAUGCCAGUGAUACGGGGUUGCAUCAAGCUACCUCGCCUGGACCCCAAUCUCAUUUACCCAACCGAAUCUGGUCUGGUUCCCCACUACACCGGGCACAUCCCAGGUCAGAAGUUCCGCUAUGGUACAACCUUUGGUCACAGCACCCGCAAUGCAAAGCGAGUUCAAGCCGGCAUGGGUGAGCCAAUCUCAUCCAAGUAAUCAGAUGGCAACUCAGUACUCCAGCAGGCAAAUUUAACUUCAUCCGUCCUUAUAUAAUAUAUUAUAGAAUACAUUUAGCCUGCUGUUCCGUAAUUACCAUAUUAUUGCAUACUUUCAUACAUGUACAACUGAACAAUAAUAUGAAACACGAUUUCCGGACUGGUGACUCUGCCAUUUUCAGAAUGUUUUAUUUCAAAUAAAACAGCAUUUGGAUUAUAUAUUUUUGCACACAUCACUUAACGGUGGAAAAUUUAAGAGUAUAAAUAGAGCUUUCUUUAAAAUAUUUGCGCUUGCGGAAAAAAUACAAUAUUUACAUCAUUAUGGAACUCCUAUACAGUAAAACAAAUUCACAAACCAUAUUUGGUAAAACAAGCUUUGCCAAAAUAUAAGAUAACAUACUGUGCAUCCAAAAAAUAACAAGAUUGAUAAAAAAAAUUUCCAAAUUGCUUCAUACAUGCAGAUCAGUAAAAUGUAAGCACUCAAAUUGCAAAACAAAAAGCUAUGAAUCAAUGCAAAACCUAUUUAAGGCAACUAGUUUAUAUCAUAUAAAUGUAAUCUUAUCAUUGUAUUAAAGACUGUCUGCAGAUUUUAACAUCAAGGUAAGCAACAUUCUCAAUCAUAAAAGCAAAUCAUGCAAUCAAACUUUCUGAAAGCCAAACUGAAGUAAAUAAAACAUAGGAAAGUGUUUUGAUAUAAUGUCGACAUUAAAUUCACAGCAAUUUUAUGUAAACCUGUGCCUAAUGGAAUUUUUUAUUGCUUAACAUUCAUAAUGCUAUAGGUGCACUAUAGGUGCAAUUAAAAAAUGCUGAACUUCAUAAAAGCAUUGCAUGCAAAAAGUGCACUUAGUAUUGCCUCAAACCAAAUUCAAAUAAUACAGAAAAAAAAUGAAAGCUUUAAUAAUUAUUUAUUCAUACUGCUUGAACAUCAAUCAAAAGUCACAUUAUUUUCAAAAUAACAAGACUUCAGCCAAAACUUUUUAUUUUGUAUGUAGUCAACGUGGAAGGUUUUGAGUAUAGACAAAUCCGGGCAACAGAUCACUGUACACUCACGAGGGCCCCCUUUAAUGGAGAACCCAUUGUGCACGCUAUAGACCUUUAUCAUGAUGCCACCAUUUCAGUCAUGUUUCCUGUAUCCAGUAACAGUACUGAAUGAUAAUGUUUUUUUUUUAGCAAAAAGGAACCAGACUAUUUUUCCUUCCAGCCUCGCUUUGGUUACAGUGAUUUGAAUGGGAAAAAUGGUGUAUUGUAACAAAGCAACUGCCGCGUGACGGAUUAUCUACCUAGCACAAUGCUUUCGCCAUUGAAGGGGGCCUUCGUGAUGGAAUUGAUGGCGUCCACGGAUUGGUCUAUACAAAUCACUGUAGAUCUAAAGAGGUCAACCGCCCUCUACUGACAUUUGGUGUCAAGAUUUGUAAAAAUAAUUUCACCAAGUCCAGUUGCAAAAAUGUGACAGAAUAGAUAUUCAAGAAGCCAAGCCAAUUUAACAUGCAAAAGCCAACACAAUAUUUCAAAAGCAUGUAUAUUGAUAAAUAAAACAUACAGAAUCUGUGAGACAUCUUUGGUGGAUGGACAAUUUAAAGUCCAUGAAUAUUAUACCUGUAGCAUUGCAACCUAUCAGGCUGACAAAAUAUUCUUCUUUGGCAGCACAAGUACAUGUGUAUCAAAGGCUUUAUAGUUGGACGGAAUAAUCACUGAAUUAAGUAUAAUACUCAUGUUUUCUGAGGUAAUAACAAGAAACGGAGCAGCUAAUUAAAUCAAUUUUAGAGUCAACAUACAAUUCAUUGACAAGAAGGAAAUCUGAGCCACCAGAGACUAUGCAAGUGACCUGGGCCCAAUUUCACGGCGCUGCUAA